AUGGCACGGUUGAACGGUACCAAGCUUGGUGCUUUCCGAGCUUAUUUUUUCGGUUUCUUCAUUUGUCUUGCUGGUUUCCUGUUUGGUUAUGAUACCGGCAUUGUUGGGGGUAUUCUUGAAUUCCCGUCGUACAUGCGCGAUUUCGGGUACAGCGAUGAAACAACAGUCGAUGCGGUGAUGGUCAGUUUACAAAAUGUGGGAGCGUUCUUCUCGGCGCUGGCCAUCUUCCCUGUAUCUGAGCGCUUCGGGCGCAAGAAGACCAUUCAGACAGCAAUGUCCAUCUUCUGCAUUGGUGUCGUACUCCAGGUAGUUCCAUCACACUCAUUGGUAUGCUUCUACAUCGGCCGUGUUGUAUCUGGUGUCGGUCUAGGUGCUGCCACUGCCGUUGUGCCUACGUACAGUGCGGAGAUGGCGCCCAAGGAGAUUCGCGGUAUGCUUGGGUCUGGUAUGCAGUGGUUGUUUGCACUAGGUGUCAUGACCAGCUACUGGAUUGACUAUGCUGUGGAACAAUCACUGGCUGGACAAUCCAAGGAAUGGCAAAUUCCAGUUGGUUUGCAGUUGGUGCCGUCGUCUAUUCUGGCUCUUGGUCUCUUCACUCAGCCUGAGAGCUGUCGCUGGUUGGCCAAGAAGGGACGUAUGGAAGAGGCAUGGGCAAGUUUAACCUGGAUGCGAGCUGAUGACGGUCCUAACGUCAAGGCCGAGUUCCACGAAAUCGAAAUCGGUCUCCAGGAAGAAAUCAAAGCAACCGAAGGCCUCAAGAAGAAAGAACUCUUAGAGCCAGCCAACCGUUACCGACUUGCUCUUGCUUUCCUCAUGUUCUGCGGGCAACAAUGCACAGGAAUGACCGCAUUAGCAUACUACGGUCCACAAUUCUUCAAAAUCAUAGUUGGAAACGACAGCGGUCGCUCCCUGCUCGUAACGGGCCUUUUUGGCGCUGAGAAGUUCGUCACAGUCGGCACAUACAUUCUCUUCUUCUCCGAGGCAUGGGGACGCAAGCCAACGCUCUGGAUCGCAAACAUCCUCAUGGCAAUCUGCUUCAUCGUCGUUGUCGUCGUGAACAAGACAACCGAUUCCCUCGAUGCAUCCGGGGACCCCUCCAGCGCCGGUAUCGCCACCGUCUUCAUGAUUUUCCUCAGCAACUCAAUCUACCAAUUCAGCUGGGGUCCGGUGCCAUGGCCGUAUACAACAGAAAUCUUCCCAUCCCGGAUUCGCGAGAUCGGGUCAUCAGUUGCAGUUUCUUCGCAGUGGCUGUUCAAUUUCCUCUUCUCGCUCACGACACCUUACAUGAUUAGUGCGUGGGGCACAUAUACCUUCCUGUUCUAUGCUGGUCUGGAUAUCUUCAUGGCUGUCAUGGUUUUCUUCUUUGUUAAGGAGACUAGAGGCAAGUCGCUUGAGGAAAUGGAAAGCAUUUUCCACAGUCGUGCUGCGUUUGAUGUCGAGAUCGCUCGCCAUGAGGGUGAGGCGAUUGGAGAAGAGAAUAUCAGUGCAGUCGAUGUGCACCACCAAGGAAUAGAUAAAAAGCAGAGCAGGGACUCUUCUGAUUGA